UCUGGGGGGGUUGAGGACUAUAAAGGGGCACGGCCAAGGGCAGGGGUAUCCAUUCGGCCUGAAGCACACACUCGUUUGGUCCAGCGCCCGCUCACUCAGGACUCCAGAUGGCCACCGCACACCGCUGCCUCUUCCUGCUGCUCCUGUCCACGUGUGUGGCUCUGUUGCUGCAGCCACCCCUGGGUGCCCAGGGGGCCCCGCUCGAGCCGGUCUACCCAGGAGACGAUGCCACGCCAGAGCAGAUGGCCCAGUAUGCAGCUGAGCUCCGCAGAUACAUCAACAUGCUGACCAGACCCAGGUAUGGGAAAAGAGACAAAGAAGGCACGCUGGGCCUCCUGGACUGCGGCUCCCCCUACGCGGUGGCCCCCAGGGAGCUCAGCCCAGUGGACUCGUGAGGCCACCUCCUGCUCCUCUGACUCCAAGGGCAGUGCUGGCCCCUCUCUCCCGUUCACACCCUUGGCUCUGGCCACAGCUUGCUCCCUGCUCUCACACAGGCUAAAUAAAGCAAAUCAAAGUCACAGCCUCA